UGGAAUACCUAACUUCAACAUGAAAAUUAACGGGUCUAUUCUUAGGAUCAAACAAAAUAAAACCCUAAGCAAAAGGUGAACUUUGGUUUGAGGCAGAAAAAAGAGGGGAAAAUGGUGAACUUCAUGUUGAUGAUCAGUGCAGAGCUGGAGAACCUGACCAAUCUCCAACCCCAAGCUGGCUGCGAUGACCCCGAUUUCUCCUACCUCUUCAAGUUGAAGUGUGGAAGGUGCGGAGAACUGAGCCAAAAGGAAACUUGCGUUGUUUUAAACGACACCGUUCCUCUCCCCGUUGGCAAGGGCACUACUCAUCUCAUUCAAAAGUGCAAAUUUUGUGGCAGGGAUGGCACUGUGACAAUGAUCCAAGGCAAAGGGAAACCACUCACUCAAGAAAUCAGUGAGUCAGGGAAGUUCUCCCCGUUGAUGUUGUUUGACUGCAGGGGAUAUGAGCCAGUAGAUUUUGUAUUUGGUGCUGGAUGGAAAGUUGAGUCGCUGGAGGGAACCAAGUUUGAUAAUGUUGAUUUGUCAAGUGGAGACUAUGCCGAUUAUGAUGAGAAGGGAGAGUGUCCAGUCAUGAUAUCCAAUCUUCGAGCUACUUUUGAAGUGACGAAGUAGAGAGAACUGGUUUGCUGUUCGAAUAUUUUCUUGAUGUAUAAAAUUGACAGUUCUCUUCUAGAUGAGCUUUUGAGCUUUGGGUUGCAUCAUAUAACAUAAUCAGGCAAAAAGCUUGUGGGAUCUUCUAACAUUACAUGUUAACCCUGUCGUAUUUCAUGAAGUUCCAUGUGAUUGAAGAAGUUCACUUGUCAUUUCAUGUUUUGAAAUGUGCAUUGUCUCAAUGUCUUUGUCCCAAUAUAGAUUACCUUCCUCCAAC